AUGUCUUCAUGCAUAUACAUACUUGAUGAAAAUCUGGAGCCCCUAAUAUCGAAGAAUAUAAAGUCAAUACCGAACCUUCGGUAUAUCGCCCAAUUGUUCAAGAGAGUAUAUGAACCGGCUUCACCACCAAUUACUACGUCGUUGAACUGGCACUUCAUAAGAAUCAAGAGGGAUUCACUGAUAUUUCUCUCGGCUGUUCACACGAGCGACUAUGACUGUGAUAUAAUGUGUGUCAUUUCAUUCUUGGAUCAGUUCCACUUGCUCCUCAAAAAGUUCCUAGAAACACCAGUACUUGAUAGAAAUAUGAUUCUAGAUAAUGUUUUAUUGAUAAUGGAACUCUUUGAGGAAACCAUAGAUUUUGGUAUCGUCCAAUCAACUGAAUCUAGUAUACUGAAGGAUUAUGUGAGAAUCAAGAUCAACAUGCCUGAUUCCACUAUUAUAAAUCAAUUGAGAGAUGCCAGUGCUAAAGACAGUGAAGAAAGCGACAAUGAAGCUAAGAAGAAAUCUAAGAGGGUUAGUGGUAUGCCGGAUUUAUACAAAUAUCUACAAAUAUCGAAAAGUACCAACGAAAAAAAAACGAGUACGAAAGAUACUUUCGACGAGGAAGGUGUUGAUACAUACAAUAGCUUUAUUGCUAAUACAACAGUGAUGCCAAUUUCUUGGAGAACAAAAGGUAUACAUUAUGGUAAAAAUGAGUUCUUUCUUGAUGUGAUAGAACGGGUCCAGUAUUUCAUGGAUUUCGAGCAAGGUAUUAUCCGAACAAAUUUGAUUCAUGGUCAAAUAUUUUGCAAAUCUUAUCUGUCAGGAAUGCCAAAGCUAAAAAUUGCAAUAAACAAAUUGUUGAAAAGAGAUGCUCAAUUCAUAUCAAAUUCCAAGUUUCAUCAAUGUGUUUCACUGGAAUCAUUGAAUGAAAAGGAGAUUCAAUUUAUUCCACCCGAUGGAGACUUUGUUCUUUGUAAGUAUGAACUGAAGAGACAUGUAAAUGACCCACCCAUGCUUAAAUUAAGCUCAUAUGAAGUCAAAGCCAAAAUCAAAAAAUACAAAGUACAAAUAUUAGUGACUAUUGAAACUCAUUUCAAGGGCCAAAAUUCCACUUCAGGUUUAAGCGUUAAAGUUCCAUUAUCACAAAUAUUUAAAGACUAUGAAAUAGACCUGCGCAAGCCAGCAAGGUUCAAAAGCAGUACAGGGAAUGUUCUUUUCAACUUGAGUGAAGAUUUUUUGCUUUGGGAAGUUGGAGCCAUGAAAGGUGGGCACGGCGAGACCAAACUAUCAAUGACUGCAGAAUUUGCUUUAUUCAACAAAGAAGAGUAUGAAAAAGAGGUGGAGGAACUAAGAAACUCAAUGAAUCCACCUCCAAUAAGAGAAGGGCCCAAAUUAGAAGAGCUUUACAAACAAAUUCACGAAGAUGAUGUCUCGAAAACCAUCAGCCUUGCUUCGAACCUGGUAACUAUGAGAUUCGAGGUGCCUUAUUGUACUUGUAGUGGACUGAAGGUCGAGUAUCUCAAAAUAGAAGAGGAGCAAUUGCAAUAUCAGUCUUUUCCUUGGGUUCGAUAUAAAACUGUGAGUGAUGAAGAAUAUGCAUAUUUGGUUUAA